UGAAAUUUCAGAACGCACUGCAAGUGCAACAGCGAAGUACCUAUACCGCGCACCUAGUCGGUCGGCGAAAAAUCAAAAAGUCCUCCAUAUUUGUUUGUGCGAUAUUUCGCUAGUGUUUAAAAUUUAUAAUAAGAGUGUGAAUAAAAUUCAACACUGUGGCUAAGGUGACGCCGUUCCCGAGUAUGACUUAUUCCGGAAGGAAUAAAUUUGAGAUUGCUCGAUUUUCGAGCGAUGACGAAAACCACAUAAACAAAAAGCUGCCGAAGGAAUUACUGCUGAGGAUACUCUCGUAUUUGGACGUCGUUUCGCUUUGUAGGUGCGCUCAGGUGUCAAAACUAUGGAACAUUCUCGCACUGGAUGGCUCCAACUGGCAGAGGAUAGACUUGUUCGACUUUCAAAGGGAUGUCGAGGGUCCGGUAAUAGAGAACAUCUCCCACCGCUGCGGCGGGUUCCUGCGCCAGCUGUCGCUGCGCGGCUGCGAGAGCAUCGCCGACGGUUCCAUCAAGACUCUCGCGCAGUCGUGCCCGAACAUCGAAGACCUGAACCUGAACAAGUGCAAGAAGCUGACGGACGUGUCGUGCCAGGCGCUCGGCCGGAAGUGCAGCAAGCUACAAAAGAUAAACCUCGACUCGUGUCCAAGUAUCACUGACAUAUCGCUGAAGGCGCUGUCGGACGGCUGUCCGCUCUUAACACACGUGAACGUGUCCUGGUGUCAGUCGAUCACCGAGAACGGAGUGGAGGCGCUCGCGAGGGGCUGCCCCAAGCUGAGGAGUUUCAUAUGCAGAGGAUGCAAAAACGUAAACGACAAGGCCGUGUCCUGCCUGGCGACGUACUGCCCGGACCUGGAGGUGCUCAACGUACAGGGCUGUGACAGCCUGACGGACGAGUCGGUGAGCCGGCUGGGCGGCGCGCUGCGGCGGCUGUGCGUGUCGGGCUGCGCGCGCCUGUCGGACGCGGCGCUGGGCGCGCUGGCGGCGCGCUGCCCCGACCUCGUCACGCUGGAGCUGGCGCAGUGCGCGCAGCUCACCGACGCCGGCUUCCAGGCGCUCGCGCGGAGUUGUAGGAUGCUGGAGCGGAUGGACCUGGAGGAGUGCGUGCUGAUCACGGACGCGACGCUCGUCCACCUCGCGAUGGGCUGUCCGCGACUCGAGAAACUGACGCUGUCGCACUGCGAGCUGAUCACGGACUACGGCAUCAAGCAGCUGUCGCUGUCGCCCUGCGCCGCCGAGCACCUCUCCGUCCUCGGUCUCGACAACUGCCCGCUGGUCACGGACGGCGCGCUCGAGCACCUGAUCUCGUGCCACAACCUGCAGCUCAUCGAGCUCUACGACUGCCAGAUGGUCACCAGGAACGCCAUCCGGAAACUCAGGAGCCACCUGCCGCGCGUGCGCGUGCACGCGUACUUCGCGCCCGCCACGCCGCCCGCCGCCGCGCGGCCCCGCCCGCGCUACUGCCGCUGCUGCAACAUCAUCUGAGCGCCGACGGGCGGCGGCCGGUGCGACCUGCGAUGCUUUAAUCUAGAUACUACUUCGCUAUACUGUCCCGCACUGUUAGCCUCCUGUCUCUGACCCCUGACCGCAGCCCGGUGUCCCUCUCCGGGCAGAGACGCCCUAUUUUUUGGCACCUCGGGACCGAUUCUUCUGGAGAGACUCCGGUCCGUUCUGUCAUCUCCGUCUCUGCCGGGAGCCGCGAGGAGCCCGUGUGGUCGUAAUUGUGGCCUCGACGCAGAACUCAUGAGUAGUUCUCGUUUAAAAAAUGAAAUUAGUCUGAUCAGUAGAGCGCUGUGUCGUUUGAAUAGUAUUGAAGAUAUUCGAGUGCUGUCGAUAUUACAAUGUAAACAAAAUAUACAAGGUGAGAUAUUUAAUAAUUCCUCGGGACGUAAUCGUUUAGACGUAAUGCUAUUCACGCCUCCCGCGAACGCGUCUCGUUAUGUGAACAAUGUUGUUUUUAUUCUACAACACGACUGGCUGUUUUGUGCUCCCCACACGCGUUGGACGUGAUUGCUAACCCUCCCCCGUGGGAGGUUGAUGUUAUAUACCAUAUGAUCUCUCUCAAUCGAUGGUCGAUCAUUUGAUCAUUGUUCUACCAAACUCUUCGGCUUCAGGCACGUAGCAUCUAAGUUUUCAAGGUUAGUGGCACAUUAUGAACGACCAAGAGAGGCUAUAUCAUAUUAAUGCCCAUUUUACACAAUAUAAAUGUCGCGCGGAACAGCCAGCUUGCAGAAACAUAAGGCCUCAAUAACUGAAUAUAAAAUAUUGUUUACAAAAUGUAACGAUUUCGUCGGUUCGAGGUCUAAGUAGAAUUAUUAGACAUAAGAUUGUUCUAAUAAUAUUAGCAUUUUUUUUAACAAUAGUUAUAUGUCAUUUACUAACUUAACUGUUAAUUUUAACGAAAUAUGUUUUAUGUUUUUUAAAUAAUUUAAUUUUACACGUCGCUUUAUACGUUUCGUUGAAGUGGACAUUAUUUAUUGAAUGGUCAAUUUUUUAUUUAAAAAGUGCAU